AUGGCGUCCUCCUCCCCCCGCCGUCCUCCGCCGCCUCCGAUCCUCCUCCCCCUCCUCCUCCUCCUCCUCCUCCUCCUGGCCGGAGCAGUUCCGCCGGCGUCGGCGUCGGACACCUCGCACGACGACGAGGCCGCCCCGACCUCCCCCUUCUGCCACAACGUCUUCCAAUUGGUAAAAGUUGAAAGUUGGGUUAAUGGCAGCAAAGGUAAAACUUUAGGUGGUCUAAGUGCAAGAUUUGGGGCCUUGCUGCCUUCUGAUGCUAAAAAAGGUGUCAAACUACCUCUUGUCUUGUCAAAUCCCGCAAACUGCUGCUCAAAUUCCUCCACAGAGCUAAAGGGAUCUAUUGCUUUAGCCACACGUGGAGAUUGUGACUUCACAGCCAAGGCGGAAAUUGCACAAGUAGAAAGUGCUGCGGGCCUUUUGGUGAUAAAUGAUGAAGAAGAACUUUUUGAGAUGGUUUGCCCUGAAAAUGGUACUGCUAUGAACAUAUCAAUUCCUGUCAUAAUGGUGUCGAAGUCCGCUGGAAGAAUUCUGAAUUCUAUGCUAGUUGAUGGACGAGUGGAGAUACUAUUAUACUCCCCAGAUCGCCCACUAGUUGACUUCUCUGUUGUCUUUCUAUGGAUGAUGGCUGUUGGAACGAUUGUCUGUGCUUCACUUUGGUCCGAUUUCACUGCUGCUGAGCAGAAUGAUGAGCGCUAUAAUGAACUAUCACCGAAGGAGUCUUCAAAUGCUGGAAUAGCCAAAGAUGAUUCUGAGAAGGAAGUCUUGGAUAUAAGUGUUAAGGGUGCUGUUUGCUUUGUCAUUACAGCAUCAGUAUUUCUUGUGCUACUCUAUUUCUUCAUGUCAUCAUGGGUCUUAUGGGUGCUGAUAGUUCUCUUCUGCAUCGGUGGUAUUGAGGGAAUGCAUUCUUGUAUAUUGGGGUUAAUCUCUAGCAGAAAAUCCAAAAACCGUAGCCAGAAGAUGGUGUGUAUACCUCUGAUAGGAGAGGUGUCGUUGAUCUCUGUAAUCGUGCUAGUUUUAUGCAUGGCAUUUGCCAUUUUCUGGGCUGUAAAUCAGGAGGCUUCCUGGGCUUGGAUUGGACAAGAUAUUCUUGGAAUUUGCAUGAUGAUAACAGUGUUGCAGAUUGCACGUCUUCCAAAUAUUAAGGUUGCAUCGGUAUUACUAUGUUGCGCAUUUCUUUACGACAUCUUUUGGGUCUUCCUCUCGCCUCUUCUCUUCAAAGAAAGCGUUAUGGUUGUGGUUGCUCGUGGUGAUAAUAGUGGUGGAGGUUCCAUUCCUAUGCUGUUGAGAGUCCCUCGGCUCUUUGACCCUUGGGGUGGUUAUGACAUGAUUGGGUUUGGGGACAUUCUUUUUCCUGGUCUUCUUGUUUCACUUCUUUUCAGAUUUGACAAAGAAAAUAAGAGAGGUUUACUAAAUGGAUAUUUUCUCUGGAGCACUGUUGGAUAUGGAGUUGGCCUUUGUCUUACAUACCUAGGCUUAUACCUUAUGGAUGGUCAUGGCCAACCCGCUCUUCUUUACCUUGUUCCUUGUACAUUAGGGCUCUCAAUAGUUUUGGCUUUGAUAAGAGGAGAAUUAAAACACCUUUUGAACUAUGGCAACGAGCCAUCGCCCUCAGAUGAUCGUCCAGGGGAAGCUUGAGUGUUUGUACCCGUAGAAGCACCGGCGAGAACGAGGUGUGAUGAAAGCUGCUGAUACAUGUGGAAGCUUAUUGGGUAAAGACAACGACUUCCUUCCCUUAUGGAUAUAUUAUGACGUACAUAUUCAUUGAAUAGGGAAAAGAGCACCUCGAAAAGUUGAAAUAUUGGUCGUAAAUAUGUUAAAAAUUUAUUGUAAGAUCCCAUUGUAAUUUCCAUCUGGAUGUAUAAAUCAAGACGCAAUUGUUAUCGCAAUGAUAUUUGCCUUGUUCUUUCUCUUUCUCA